AUGUCAACCGAAGAAAAUAGCCGAUGGGAAAGAAGGACUUGGCCUGAAAUGAAACGCAUUACAGAAGAGGUCCCUGAAGCCGGCAUUCAUUUCCAAAGUACAUGCUUCCACACGAGCGAGGCCCUUGAUCCCAACCCGCUAGCUGACUCUUGGCUUGUAGAAUCGCGCAUCUUCAGACGAAACAAAGACAUGGAAGGCCCGUCCUGUCCAACAGACCCCAUGUUCGACCUUGAUCCAUGGUUCAAGUCCGUCCUUCCGGAGUACAAAGAACUGGAUGCCGUAGGCAUCCCGGCCGGGCACGACAGCGGUUGUGAAUUCACCAGCGUGUGCGUCAACACGGCCAUGUACCUCCAAUGGCUGGUGGGACAGUGCCUGAAAAACGGCGUCGUCCUGAAACGUGUCGUCAUAUCGCACAUCCGCGAGGCCAAGAACCACAGCCACGCUGGAAACCCCGCAGACAUCAUCGUAAACGCGACGGGUCUGGGCUCUCUCAAGCUUGGCGGCGUCGAGGACCAAACCAUGGCUCCGUCGCGAGGCCAGAUCGUGCUCGUCCGCAACGAGCUGCACCCCAUGAUCACCACGUCCGGCACGGAAGAAGGCAUCCCCGAAAUCCUGUACACGAUGCAGCGUCCCGCGGGCGGUGGCACCAUCCUGGGAGGGACCUAUGACAUUGGCAACUGGGAAUCUGUGCCGGAUCCCGACGUCGCGCUGCGCAUAAUGCGUCGCGUAGUGGAAAUGUGUCCUGAAAUAGCCGACGGCAAGGGCAUCGAUGGCCUGAGUGUCGUCAGGCACGGUGCCGGGUUAAGGCCGUACAGGAAGGCUGGCGUCAGGAUAGAGAGAGAACAACUGGACGACGGGACUCACAUUGUUCACAACUACGGACAUGCGGGCUGGGGUUACCAGGGUUCGUACGGAUGUGCCGAGGGCGUUGUUGAGCUGGUCAACGCCAUCAGGGAGGAGAACGGAGAGAGUCUAGCUAUGGAGCCGAAGCUCUUCUCCUGGGACGAUUAG